CAUUGGGUCUCAGAUUCUAACAGGGCUGACUCAUGUUGACGUCACUAUCCGGACGUACGGACGAACCACCUUGCCCUUCCUUCGGUCUCGUUCAUAGACAGUUCCACAAUAAGAGUAUAAGUUUAGCCGAGACUACCUCAUGGCUAAUAUGGAUAAAAUAGUUAGAAAGCUCAGAGUGAUUUGGAAGAUCUCAGCUGAUCGUGUACUUUUACCUUGUGCCUUCUCUUUAAUCUGCAUAUUAGGAUCUUUUUUAAAAGAACAAGACCUCGUCCCGAAGUCAUAUUUCAGUGACACUAAAAAUGUUCUGAACUUGUACUUUGUGAAAGUGUCAUGGGGGUGGACCUUAUUUUUGCUAGUGCCCUUUGUGGUCCUUUCUAAUUCAUUGAACAGGCCGCCCAAGUUUGUGUUGCGCCGGCUCUGCUCACUUCUGGUGGCCACAGCAGUCUGGUACGUCUGUGUCAACACCUUCGAACUUAUUGAGGAGGCCACAGGGACAUGUUAUGAGACUAGCACCAAGGAGGUCAUCCAUGGAGAGCUGACGGGUAAAGGAGUCUGCAGGAAAAACGGCUUCGUCUGGGAUGGCUGUGACAUAUCUGGACAUAGUUUCAUUCUCUCUUACUCUGCCCUUGUCAUCAGUGAGGAGAUGGCGGCCAUGGUGGCAGAUGUGAGAGGGUUUAGGAAACCGCUGCUGAAUGUAUUGUACUUGUCAAUGUCUGUCAUAGUGUACCUCUGGUUGUUUAUGUUUAUCAGCACUUCUGUAUACUUUCACAGCCCGUUGGACAAGUUCAUAGGCACUGCCUGUGGACUGCUGGCCUGGUAUCUCACAUAUCGAGUCUGGUACCGAAAGCGUUUAUCACCAGGACUUCCCCCUCAGAGACAGAUCAAACUUCAUGCCUGAGGGACAUAAGCACACUAAUUUACACUUAACUAUUGCAUCAAAAUAUCAGACAAAUGGAAUGCACUGUGGAAACAAUCUCCCUCCACCAUUGUACUUUGUUAGGGUCCACUCUGUGUCUGUAAGUGUGUUUAUCCCAUUGAAAGGUUAUUCUGAAUGGAAGGGGUGCCUCAAGAGCCCCAACAUAGCAGUCAGCAGCUGAGGUGCCUAAAAAAAACACCAGUGUAAUUCAAGAGGCUUGUGGUAGUCGCAUUCAUUGGUCACCAGUGACACUAACACUUGGCCAUUGUUGCCUUCAGGUCAGGAGUUUACAGUUAGAGGCUCAGUGUUUAACGCAUCAGCCUGUUCAGGGUGACUCUGCAUUUAUUUUUUGAUCCAAGUAAUUCCACAGGAAAUAUGUUGAGAGGAAUAUAUUAGACUGUUCUACACCAUCAGUGGAUAAGUAACGUAAAUAAUGCUGCUCUGACCCGUGGAUUUAGUUCUUUCUCCUGACAAAAGAAAUGGCAAACCCAGAUGGUGUUUUUUUUUUCUCUUAAUGUUCUCAGUGUUUUGUUAUUUUUUAUUUUGUAUAGUACAUAGAGUUGUAGGGAUAUGUAUAGUAGUAGUUUUUUUUUCACCUAGCACCAAGCAGAAAUAUGAUUUGUGCCAAGAUUAUUGGUUUUAAUGUAAUUAUUUAUUACGUCCCUGAUAGAUAUGGAAAUCUAUUAAACAUCUCAGUAGAGCUUGCUGUAAAA